AUGGGGUUGGUUGAGCUUAGGAGGAUUGAAGCUUCCAGGGAAGUUGCUGGAACGCUUGAGAAAUCGCCUAAUGUUACUUAUCUUCCUGGUGGAAACAACAUGAUGAUGGCUCUUAAUCCUGCUGAUGUUGGUGGAUGUUGGGAAGGAUACUCUGAGUCUGAAGAACCCUUAUUACUAUCCAAUUUGAUCAGCGCUGAUGUCUCUUUGGAUGAGCUUCCGUUAACAGCACUUUAUAAUGCCAAGUUUUUAACUCUAUUAUGGGUGGGGUAUGAUGAUCUUCCCUAUCAAGGCAUCAAAUCAUAUGAUAAGGCCUUUCAAAACUUAAUUCAACUGGAACUUAAUGGAGGGAUUCUUGACUGGAGUGACCUAUUGAGACUACUCCAGAAUUGUCCUAACCUUCAAGAUUUUUCCAUUUCAAUGACAUUAACCACCAACAAUGAUUGGAAAUACCCAUAUAAUGUUCCUCGGUGUAUUUCAUCUCAACUAAAAAAAUGUCGUAUGGAAAUCUAUGGAGUUGCGGGAGAUGAUGAUUUUCAAUUUGCAACAUAUAUUUUGAAGAAUGCGAGAUUUUUAGAGGAUAUCACUAUCUAUGUUGAAAGAUACUUAAAUCAAGCGCAGAAGACCAAAGUGUUAGAAGAUUUAACCAUCUGUACAAGGAUCUCUCCCACAUGUUGGAUGAUGUUGCUCAUGCUGUUGUAUGGUUUGCUUGAAUGGUGUAUUCUUUUCAUUUUGACCAUUAUACUGGAAAUAAUGGAAUGUGAUGUGCUUAGAAUGAAGAUGAAGAGAAAGGGUUCUCUGUACUUUUGGGCUGCACAUUUAGCCGGUCCAAAAUGGGGACCAUUUUCUUCAUGGUGCUGUGCUUGGCUUGAAACCAUAGGUCUUAUUGCUGGGAUAGGGACUCAGGCGUAUGCAGGAUCACAAACAUUGCAGAGUAUAAUCCUACUCUCGACAGGCACGAAUAAAGGCGGAGGGUACUUUGCCCCGAAAUGGCUAUUCUUAUGUAUGUACAUUGGCCUCACUGUUAUUUGGGCAGCAUUGAACACAUUUGCGUUAGAAGUUAUCGCCUUCAUCGAUAUAAUUUCAAUAUGGUGGCAGGUUAUUGGUGGAGCAGUGAUAGUUAUAAUGUUACCUCUAGUGGCACUAACUACACAAUCAGCUUCAUAUGUAUUCACAAACUUUGAAUUAGCACCUAAUACAACAGGAAUUCCAAGUUAG